AUGGGGUCUUCGGACACUCUCCCGACACUGGAGUCGCUACAUUUCCCGUCGGCACAGCAGUCCAUCUCCCAGACGCUCUCGUCACUGCGUCGAUCGGCGCUGUCCGUUUCCAACAGACUUCAGUCUAUUGAGGACGAUGGCGCUUUUGUGCAUGAGGUUGCCGAGCACUAUGGACUUCCUCUUGUUGCUAAUGAACGCUGUGGGAGCUGGUAUAUCCCGCCGGCUUCGAAGGUUGGUAGUGCUUAUUUUAAAAGCACCGAUGGACACACUGGGCAGUGGGAUUUUAGCUUUCUCGACUCAACCCGCCGAGGCAAACUAAUGCCCGACGCCCUAUCAAAAACCAUCCCAAUCUGGAGUGCCGUCCUGAACCGGGCACUAUUCCCGUCCGAGACUGCAUACCAUGCAGUUGCACUGCCGCCUAAUUAUCUCGGUGCCUCGGAAGAAGCUCAGAUUGAGAGUCGGAUUGAGGGAUUUGUUCAUUCGUUGAAGUCCUUAAAACUCGACCUACCAACCCUCCGCACAAAUCUCUCCAAACCAAUCCGCAUAGCCUGGGCCAACAGAUCCUACUACCACCCACCAGACCUCCAAAAAAGCAGCGACUACAACCUCCUAGUGCUAUGUUCAGCCUCGAGGCGGGUACAUGGCGCUGAGAUGUCCGAAGGCGGCUAUAUCCAAGGUGCUGGCGAUGACAGUGAGGGGUGGGCGCAUGGACUGACACCGCCAGUUUUCUGGGCUAAUCAUGCUGUGUUGAAGGGGACUGCUGAGGAAGAUUUGCCGGAUGUUAUUGGAAGGCUGGUUGGUGAGUUUAAGUUGGGGAAUGCGAGUUUGGAGGUUACGUGUAUUGCGCCUACGCGAAAUUUGUUUAUCGGAGAGGCUGGGGCUGGGGUUGAUUUUGAAGGGAGGUUUGAUCUUGUUAUUGACUGUAAUGGGGAUGUGGGUUUGGGUGGUGAGGGAGAGGGAGAUGGAGAAGGGAAUGGGAAGAGGCUUAAUCUUGGAUGUGCGUCUGGGAAGUUGGGGAGUCGUGAUCUAAGGAAGUCGUUGGAUAAAGUGCGUGAGUUUGUUGGGGCGCGGCUUGGAUUGGACUCGUCGCUUUCUUUACUGGUUGUUUGUGAGACUGGGAAGGAUCUUUCGGCGGGGACACUCCUGGCGAUUAUUUGCCUGUUCUUCAAUGAUGAUGGUGGCUUCGAUGCCUCGUUGAGCAAGCGCGCGAUCGGCAAGCAGUUCAUUCGACAGCGUCUCGCCUGGCUCGUGUCGUCGAAACAUGACGUGAAUCCGUCUCGAGCCACACUUCAGUCUGUCAAUGCUUUCCUGAUGCAGCCGCCAGAUUAUUGA